GUGAAUCGCAAUGUAACUUUGCCCUGCAUCUUAUAGGGCGCUUCCGGGUUCACUUCCGCCUCCAACUUUUUUCGAUGAGGCUGAAUCAAUCCGAUAAAUCAUUACAUCCUGGUUCUUCAACGUCAAUUCUCCUUAUCCAUCUCAUAACAUGAUCAAAAUAUGACCUAAGUCAUCAUCAAUUCACUUUCGGCAUAAUCCAUUUGCCCCUGCCUUUGCGCAGCACUUGUCAGGCUGUCAUUGGGCCGCCUGUAUUGGCCGAAUCUCGUCCCACUGAGAGCCUCUGAGGUUGAUCGGCUAACUAUACGCGCGCGAGAAAGAGGGACAUCCGUACCCUUCGCCUUUUCAACUCGAGAGACCCUGACCUAACACCCGCCCAUCUGGGUCUCGCAUAACCCCCUUCCCGCCACUGACGGCCCGAGUCUUAAUUCCUUCUCAGCGGAAACUAACCUACUUCUCUUGGCUUGCGUCCGUUAGUCUCUCAUCUAAGCUACCUAGGUAUCGUCUCACGCUUAGAGCAUAACCUUUGGAACCUGCGAGAAUCUAUUCACCCUUUACUGAGAGCUCCGGCUCUCAUCUCUCAUCUCUCAUCUAAUUCAAUAUGGCGCCCACUAUGAACCCCACGUCCGGGCUCAGGGCGCGGGGGAGUCAGCUGUCCGCCGGUGCAAUUGCUGGAACGGUCAUCGGCUGUGCCUUCGGAGGCAGCCUGUUCCUCAUAAUCCUGGGCUUUCUCUACUUCCGGUACAGACGGAAGUUGAGAGAGGCGAAAGAAGCGGGGAUUUUGCCAGCUGGAAGCUCUACAGUCACCCAAGUUAGGACUUUAUUCCCUGGUUUCCAGGGCUUCCGGCCUAGGCAAACCCCUGUCACACAACCGAACCAUCCCCUUUCUACGAAGGAUGAGUUCGAGAGAAUCAACCCAGGCUUCAGCGACGGCUCUGAGUUCCAACAGACACAACCUGCCGUUUAUGGAGGUGGAUUUGUGAGUGGUCAUGAAUCUUAUCACCUACCUCCAAACUUCGGUCAGCCGCCUCUACCCCCGGGCAUCAACCUUCCUCUGCCCCCUCAGCCGACAGCUUUUCCAACUACCAACGACCUUGGAGCCAGUCUGCCUUCUAACAAUGUCGUCACGGGAUACGAAGCAGCCAAUUCUAGUUAUUAUGACCCUAGGAUCUCGAUGGGCUCGAAUCCUGAGCAAGAAGCAAUACCACCGUCUAGACAGAUGACUGAGCUUUACGAGGCUCAGCUGAGAGAUUCUCGAGAACAUCGAAGAAGAAGCGGCUCUCUGACCAGUCGGAUUUGGAAUAGCAUCAAGAGGAAACGUUCUACGCAUUCCUCGGCUCAUGGCACCGUAAGCCCCCAGUACUCGACAUCUCAACAGUACUUUCCUGCUUCGCCAGUUGUUAGUCCUGUCAGUAUGAAACCGGAAUUCGGUUUAGGAGCUGCGGAAGGAACUAGUACUCAAGCAAACCCUCCCGCGAAUCAAAUUUUCGAAGAGCCUGCCGAGAUUUCUGGAGAAGCGGGUAUCUCGACCGCUUCUGUGGGCAGAAACUCGUUAGAAAAGGAUCAGCAACACAAGAGACAGAGACAAGGAGAUUCCCAGUACGACGUGUACCCUCUUCGUACUAGCUCAACAAUUCGAGAAACUACAGAAAGAGAUCCCGAGCUACCUUCAGCUGCCCUUAGAAGUCCGGACUCCGCCGAUCGGUUACCUCACUCAACUCAGCCACAAUCCGAGACCCGGCCCCAAGAACGACUUAUGAGCCCGGCCAUCCCGGAGCCUAUGCAGCUGGAUGGGACAUUUGAUAUUCCUCCUACACCUUCUGUCUUCCGCAGCUCACACUCUCCUCCUCUUCAGCCGGAAUCAUUCGUGUCGCCCAUGUCCAUCAUGCAACCCUCUAACGCUGCCGAGAAAGCUGCUUUUACUCAUUACCAAAUGGAGAACUCGGCGUCUCCUCCGAUCUUCUCUACCUCGCCUCCUGCCAUCGUCGCGGACCAUGCGGUGCAAGAAAACUCUGGAAACUUUGUUAGCCCUCAAGAGGACGUCGAUGUAGAGAGCUUCCUGGAUAUCCCUAGUGAUGACGAGCCUCGUCUAUCUGGUGAUUCGUACGACUACAGUACCACACCGGGACAGAGCUCUACGGAUCCCUCUAUGGGAAGGACGCCGGAUACCCGGCUUACGAUAUCACCAUCCCCGUAUCCAAACAACAUAAAUGAACAUGUCAAGAUGGAACCAGAGUCGAGCUCGUCGCCGGAGGUCUCCAAGAUUCCUUCUCCCCAAUCAUCCGGUCAUAUCUGCGAAGAGUGCGGCCGGUAUUUUGAUCAGGUCCAUAAACUUAACCACCAUAAACGUUAUCACGACCGCAAACACGAGUGCCCCUACGAGGGAUGCGACAAGAAGUUUGGUACUAAGACACACCUUGAUCGACAUAUCAACGAUAAGCACGUCAAGUCGAAAGCCUACCACUGUACAGAACCAACAUGUCCAUACUUCAAAGGAAGAAAAGCCUUCCCGAGAAAAGACAAUUGGAGACGACAUAUGGUUAAAAAACACGGGGCGAUGCCUAACGAUCUAGAGGCAAUGGAUGAGUCGAUGAUAUGAUAGUUGGCAAGCAAACACAACUCUCAACUGCUUAUUAGCAAUAGUAUAUGCAUAUUGCUGUACGUCCAAUACUCAGACGUGUAUCACAGCACUACGGUUAUUUCCACGGUAUCAUCAGCAAAGCCUAUAGGGAGUCGGUAUGGCUUAGCACCGUCUAAGGGUGAACCAUCCGGCUUCUUAAACAUUAUAAACUACGUCCCCCGGAUCUAUGUAUACUACCUAAUAGUAUAAAGGUCUAAAACUUUGCAACCUACGGCCAAAAAAAAUUAUUAGAUUUUAUUUAUUAACUUGGAUUUCGAUACGCUCGUUUGCAUAUAUUGGGUAUACAUUUUUGGUAAUAUAUUUAGGGCAUAUGGGUAUAAGCGAUGUCGGGACCUCACUUUGGGUUGGUCAUUGUAACAAAGCAGGGCGCAAAGGAUUCUUCUCGGCAGGUGUAUAUUUCAUAUACGGACCACGGUAUGAGCUUAGCUCCCCAUGAAUGCGGUCAUUUUGGCCGAGGGCAAAACGGUUGGAAGCUCUCGAGCAACUUGCAAUGCGAAUCAUUUCUAUGCUUGUCAGUUCCAUCAUUUAUUGGUGUCGGUCCCGAGGUCAUUCUAUUUUCUGGCUUAUUCUCGCCGGUCUUGGAACUGUUUGCCUAGUAGUCAUGUCUAGUUGUAGUGUAAAGCUAGUAGAUGGAUAAGUUUAAAAUCGUAAUAGUACUGAAAGCAUCGCGAAGAUAUCCAAUAUUAAUGAUAACAAAUUACUAACA